UUAAUGGAAUGCGCAGCGCGAGGGAUUCAAUCCACGCCUUCGACCGGAUUCAAAGCGAGGGCUCCUCCCCGGCGAAAUCCAUCAUCGCGGCAGCGCUCAAGGCGUGCGGCCGCGUCGGGGAUCUCCAGUCCGGUAAGCGAAUCCACGAUUACAUCGUCAAGAAUCGCCGGGCAUCGCCGGGCUUCGAUGGCGACGAUGGCAUCGACGCCGACAUUGCGAGCGCCCUGGUCACUAUGUAUGCGAAAUGCCGCAGCAUCGACGAGGCUCGCGAGGUUUUCGAUGCCAUGGAAGAUCGCUCUGUGGUGUCUUGGAGUGCGAUGAUCCUGGGCUACGCCGAGAAUGGGGAAGGGGAUUUGGCACUAGGACUCUUCCAGAGAAUGAAGCAAGACAGCGACGAUUCCAUCGCUCCAAAUCGCGUCACUUACUUGGCGGCUCUCAAGGCUUGUGCCGCGACUUGCGAGAACUCUCGAGAACAGGCACUCGAAACCGCUCGAGCUCUUCACUUGGAGAUCUGCCAGCACGGAUUGGAAUCGGACUUGUUCGUGGCCAGCACGCUGGUGGAUCUGUACUGGAAGUGUGGGAGCUCGGUGGAUGCCCGGGAUUUGUUUGGAAGAAUGGAAGAACGCAACGUCGUCUCGUGGAGUGCGAUGAUCUUGGGAUUUGCCGAGGCUGGCGAUGCAAAGUUGGCGCUAGAAACUUUCCGGAGGAUGCCUUGCGCUCCAAACCGAGUGACUUACCUCGCAGUGAUCAAAGCUUGCGCGGCUCUAGCGGUGGUCGACGAAGGCGAGCUUGUGGAUGGAAAGGUGGUGAAGCUCAAGAGCUUGGAGAUCGGGCGAGCUUUGCACUGUCAGAUUCGAGGCUCUGGAUUCGAGCUCCAUGCUUCGAUCGCGAGCUCUCUCGUGGAUAUGUACUGCAAGUGUGGAAGCCUGGGAGAGGCUUGGAGCAUUUUCCAGAGGAUGAAGAGGUCUUUCCGAGACGUGGUUUCGUGGUCGGCGAUGAUUCUGGGCUAUGCACAAGGUGGAGAAGCAGAGAUGGCGCUAGAGCUCUUUGAGAAAAUGGAGGGUGAUGGCUGCGCUCCGAAUCCAGCAACUUUUGUGGCCGUGCUCAAGGCUUGCGCAAGCCAAGGUUUUUCCGGAGCUGGGAGGAGAAUUCAUGCCAAGAUAUGCACUGCUGGAGUAGAGGGCCAGCCGGGAGUCGCAACUUCUCUGGUGGAUUUGUACGGGAAGUCUGGAAGUAUGAAUCGAGCGCGGCAAGUUUUCGAGUCCAUGGCAAGCAUCGACUUGGUAACUUGGAACGCGCUGCUAGCAGGCUAUAGCCAACAAGGGGAGAUGAAAGAAGUGCUGGAAGCAUUCGAAGCUCUGUGCCGGACGAGUUUAGCUCCGGACUCGGUCACCUAUCUUACGGUUCUCACAGCGUGUGCACACGCCGGACUUGUGGAGAACGGGAAGGAGGUGUUUAGAGCUAUGACGCAGCGCAGUAUCACUCCAGGGAUCGAGCACUAUAGCUGCUUGGUGGACCUUCUAGGCCGAGCUAACCUUCUCGACGAAGCAGUGGCAGUACUGAGGGGGAUGUCCGGUGCCUCGCCCACACCAAGCUUGUGGAUGAGUGUUCUCGGCGCCUGUCACAAGUGGAAAAACGUCGACGUUGGUCGGGCCGCUUACGGAAGCAUACUGGAGCUCGAUCCUUGCAACUCAGCUGCGUACGUGCUCAUGGCCAACAUUCUCCAACACGCGAGCGAAUGGGACUUGAAGAAUUCCCCAAAACUUCGACUUUGACAGGCCUACUCCAAUUCGAGACCCACAGAGAAGAGUAGGAUGGACGAUUGAUCAGGACAUCGCACUGGAACGCUACAGCGAAAUCGUUGUCAAGGACAAGGCAAGAAUCACCGCUUUCUAGACAAAGAAGAUAUCUAAAGUCUUCCAUGCAGCAUAGAAAAGGUUCGUUCGCUUUGGACAGCUUCGGCUAAUGUGGAACGAAUUCGUAGUUUUCGCGAACUUUCUCGUCUCUUUGGCAUGGCAGGACGAGGCAAGCAUAACCUCCGAAGAACAUAGAAAAGGUAUCGUUCGCUUUGGACAGCUUCGGCUAUGGACUCCUGGAGCGAUCUAACAUUUUCUUCUUUGGAUUCAUUCCAGAGCUGGCCAGCAGACAACAGUGUAAAAGCCUUGAAUGAUUCUUUUGUGUUUGUAUUUAUUUGUUUGCUGUGUCCAUAGCUAGGCAAAAGGCAGCCAAUGGAUGGAUCCAUCAAUCAAGCAGUCGAUUUUGUCUCGCGAAACCAAGCAGCGGGAACUUAAAUUAUUCUGGUAUAUGGUUUUUAUUUCCUUGUUUUCUAUCCAAAUUCCUUCUCCAUGGACGACUUUGAAGACCCUAGGAUGAUGUUGCGAGUCGGGCGAGGCGUCCAUUUCAGUCCUCACAAGCGAUUUGCAAUCUCGUGCUGCGCAAAGCGUGUGGCGAAGAUGGAACCCAUCAAGGUGGAGGAGAGAUCAAUUUAUUUGUGAGCUAAAAACUUUGGACGAUAGCGAUUGUUUUGGAAUGAUCAAGCGUCUAACAAGGUU